CGUGCUUUGCAUUGGCAGGCUGAUGAGGACACGUGUCUCCUCCCUGCCUCCCCCUCCGGGCUCCACCGUACCGCAUUGGCAUCAGUUGAAGCACCUGAAAACCGACAACCAACUCCUGGAAACGCUGCCUGCCACCUUAUAACCCAAAAGAAAACGAUAUUACAGGCCCUACAGAAACCUGUGGCUCGCCUUUCUUCGUGCGUAAAGCUUUUGCGCACACCGCCUCAGAGACUGAAUAGGUGCGCUUAUCUUCGAGCAUCAGAGCGCAGUGCCAAGAUGCAGAAACGGAGCAGCGACGUCUGAAGGUGAUAUGAACCUGGGGAUAAUCAAGAGCAGCAGGAGUACUUUGAACAAGAAGUGGAGAUAGCAACUGAAAACCGUCGGUGUCUUGAAACAAAACGUGCGCUUUAUCCCUGUGGCUUAAUCUAAUGCAGAGAACCAAGAGCUGUCAUCCAAAGUAGCCUCACAUUUUUACUGACUGGAGGAGAAAACACUAAUUAAGCUGCAGACGAUCGCGACUUACGAAAGGAGCUAAACAUGGCAACGUUAAUCAGAAGCAAGCUUUCUAAUAAACUGUCAAAUGCAGCCACCACCGUCUCCAACAAAUCCCAGGCGAAGGUGAGCGGGAUGUUCGCCAGGAUGGGCUUCCAGGCCACCACCGAUGAGGAGGGUCUGGGCUUCGCCGCCUGCGAUGACCUGGACUACGACCACCGGCAAGGCAUGCAGAUGGACAUUUUGACAACCGAUGAGGUGGCAGGAGAGGGGAGCGGGGACGGAGGCGGGCUGGAUGGGGACAGCCACUACCAGAGAGACGGCACCGGGCCAGCGCGCUCAGCCUCAAAAGACGGAGACCCGGCGAACGAGCUGAAUGAAGAAAAACCAAAAAUCACCACGUGGGAGGCGGGCUGGAACGUCACGAAUGCAAUCCAGGGGAUGUUCGUUCUUGGGUUGCCCUACGCCAUCCUGCACGGAGGAUACCUCGGACUCUUUCUCAUUAUUUUCGCCGCCGUGGUGUGCUGUUACACGGGGAAAAUCCUCAUUGCCUGCCUGUACGAAGAGGACGAAGACGGGCGGCUGGUCCGUGUGAGGGAAUCCUAUGUGGACAUUGCCAACGCCUGCUGCGCGCCCAGAUUCCCGACUUUAGGUGGCCAUAUCGUGAAUGUAGCCCAAAUCAUAGAGCUGGUGAUGACUUGCAUCCUGUAUGUUGUUGUCAGUGGCAAUCUCAUGUACAACAGCUUCCCCACCAUGCCCAUUUCCCAGAAGUCCUGGGCCAUCCUCGCCACCGUCGCCCUGCUCCCCUGCGCCUUCCUCAAGAGCCUGAAAGCCGUCUCCAAGUUCAGCUUGCUAUGCACCAUGGCCCACUUCGUCAUCAACGUCCUGGUGAUAGCCUACUGCCUCUCCAGAGCCAGGGACUGGGCCUGGGACAAGGUCAAGUUUUACAUCGAUGUCAAGAAGUUCCCCAUCUCCAUCGGGAUUAUCGUGUUCAGCUACACCUCGCAGAUCUUCCUGCCAUCCAUGGAGGGGAGCAUGUCGAAACCCAGCGACUUCCACUGCAUGAUGAACUGGACUCACAUCGCUGCCUGUAUCCUCAAGGGCCUGUUCGCCCUGGUGGCCUACUUGACCUGGGCUGAUGCAACCAAGGAGGUCAUCACAGACAACCUGCCCUCCACCAUCAGAGCCGUCGUCAACAUCUUUCUAGUGGCCAAAGCUUUGCUGUCGUAUCCGCUGCCGUUUUUCGCUGCUGUCGAGGUUUUAGAGAAAUCCUUUUUCCAGGACGGAGGACGUGCGACCUUUCCGGAUUGCUACGGAGGCGAUGGACGCAUAAAACCCUGGGGACUCGCUCUCAGAUGUACCCUUGUCGUGUUCACCUUGCUCAUGGCGGUUUUUGUGCCACACUUCGCCCUCCUCAUGGGCCUCACUGGCAGCCUGACAGGUGCAGGCCUGUGCUUUCUGCUCCCCAGCCUCUUCCACCUCAGGCUUCUAUGGAGAAAGCUGCUAUGGCACCAGGUUUUCUUUGAUGUCGCCAUCUUUGUAAUAGGAGGUAUAUGCAGCAUAUCUGGUUUCAUCCACUCAAUGGAAGGGCUCAUAGAGGCUUUCAAAUAUAACAUAGAGGAGUAGACGCGAGCUAUUGCUGGAACUAGAUGUUAACUGCAAAUCCCCGUUUAGUGAAAACAAUUAAAAACACACGAGCCCCUCUGCUUAAUUCAUGCGUAAAAGCGCGCACAAUACACUCGGACAUUUUCAUACAGUCUUGCAUCAAUUCAGAAAAAACGCGCGCUUACACACAGAAGUAGAGCCUGUGCAGUGAGGGAAACCAAUGCAUCCACAACACACUAUAUGGACAGUACAUGUUGUAUAAAUAUGCGUACAGACGUACAUAUACAUAUUUUCCAGUGGAGUGAACGUUUACAAUAUUGAAGUUAAACACAAUUGCAAAAAGGGCAGUAUGUCUUCAUGACUUCACUUCAUGUAACGCUACAGUUUGUGAUGGAUGGACUUUCGACAGCAUAAUGUGAUUUAAGAUAAGUUCAUUUAAAAGAAUAUAAAAGAAAAAACACUGAGAAAUACCACUUACUUCUUUAGGUGAUUUGCAUUAUGAUUAUGGGCAGUGAAUGUGGUGUUAAAUCCAGAAAGGCCUGUGGACACAGAAAUAACACAAUGGCAAUAACCAGCAACCGAUGAUUGCUUUUAGAGAUAACAGAAGUUUCGUUAGAAAUGAGGACAUUGGACCUUCCCCGAGCAGUUUAAAAUACUGGAAAUGCACAAUAUCAAAGUACACAGCAGCUAUAUGAACUAUGCAUUGAAUGUAUUAUAUUUCAGACACACAAAAGCUUAAUGAAACUGGGAAGUGUAAAUUAAACAAUCUCCAAAUUGGUUUCUCCUGCCUGAAAGUGUAAAUGCUUUGAUAUUUUUUUCUCCAAUAUUUGAAAUGUUCUUUGAUGAGCUUUUAAAAUCGGCAAUAACAAAAUUCACCUGACCUGUAAUACACACCCAUAGCCCUGAACCAAAUUAUAUAGAUGGGGACCCCGAAAUUCUGCACACUCAAUUUACCAUAAUGCUUUUUUCCAUUACAUUUGAAAACUCAUGGCCUGUUCUAAAGUUAAUUUGAUAGACUCUCGUCUCAAAAAUUCGGUGUCUGAAUCUGAAAAAAAUAGAUAAUUAAAAGGAAAAUGUGCAUACAGACAUUUUUCAUUCUGUGCAAUCCAAUGGGUCCUGUGGAAAUGUUAUAAAACCGUGUGUGUAGUGUGUUAUUGUGGUUUCAAAAAGAUGGAAUGUAUAUCUCAAAGUCGUUAUCAUAUAUCGUGAAAUUAAUAUUAAAGAAUAAACAAAUAAGUGAAAUUAUAUUGUAAAAAUGUGUGUGGUUUUAUGUAAAACGAAAAACGUUCAGAACAUGUAUUUUUUUUUUCUCUAUAAUAAAAGACAGAAAAUGAUGGA